AUGUUAAUAUAUUAAAGUAAUAAUUGUAUUAAUGAAACAUAAUUUAUAAGCAAAGUAAUAAUUUAAGAUUAAUCAUCAAGGAAAAAUAAGAGAAAUAUAACAGGAGGAGAAAUUCAUUUAAACUAAAUUGAUGAGGCUGAUAAAAUAAAUGAAGAUGCUUCAUAAGAUUACGAAAGCAAUCUAUUAAAAGUUUUAGAUUUGCAACCAGAGAUCACUAAAAUAUUCAUUGAAAAUCUGACAAAUGGUAGUUUCAUUGAAUUGAAUGAACAAGCUUUAAGAAGGAAAAUUCAAAUGAUGGAAGAAAGCAGAAAAUAACAAAUUCAAACUGAAAAUGUAUUAUUAGUCUUGAACAAAUUAAUUCAUGAAGCAGUCAAAUUAAUAGACAGAUUUAUCUUCUUUUUCUAAGGAUUAUUGGCAGGUAACCUUUAAAAUUAACAAGGGAAUGACAUUGAUGCAUGUUUUCAUCAUUUUUCUAGGUUAAAGUACAGAUUAAGAAGGCUUGACAACAUUCUUUAAAUUAUAUGCUAAAUACUGUUUAAGAGUGGAUUAAGUCUUUCAUAUCAUAAUAUUAAUCAGUGCUUUUGGUAGCUUAUUUGUUUGUGUUCAAUUAAAAGAUUAGUAAGAAAAGACAAAAAACAAUUAAGAUAAAAAGUUUUAUAUCCAAUCAAUUAUUAGUGCUCUUUGUAAAAGAUACAUUUUAAUUUAGUUUAUAAUAUUGCUUAUCUGUUAUGGGUGAUAGGACAUAGAAAUAUAGUUGAAUUAUCAAGUGGAAUCACUCAGGAUGACACAAAUGAUCAAGUCUAAGCUGUAAUUGAUGGUUCUGCAUUAUACAACUUUUGGACUUACACAUAGAUAGCAAUUACUGUUCUGACUGUAUUGGGGUGGUUUAUUUCUGUGAAUACAACUGAAAGUAAUCUUAACUAUUUAGCCUCGGUCGAAGCGGAUUAAAUAUUUGGUGAUGAAAAUAGGAAGGAGAAAUGA